CAACGAUACGAAGUAAAAUAAGGUGAGGGGUUGGCAGACCGCAAUAUGUAUACUAACGGAAGCGUUCAUUGGGAGGCGAGAAUUCUACCAGCAGGACCACCACGAUUGUUGGGAUGGAACGUCCCUGCUGAAGAAUUGGUCCACAUACCGGAACAUUGGCUGGUCUAUCCCGAGCCCAACCCCUCCCUUCAUUAUCUGUUAGCUAUUCUGUAUACACUCUUUACUUUUGUGGCAUUACUCGGAAAUGGACUGGUUAUAUGGAUAUUCAUUUCAGCCAAAUCGCUGAGAACUCCCUCAAAUAUGUUCGUGGUGAACUUGGCAUUUUGUGAUUUUAUCAUGAUGCUCAAGGCACCGAUAUUUAUAUAUAAUUCCUUCAAUACCGGAUUUGCUAUGGGUCAUUUAGGAUGUCAGAUUUUUGCUUGCAUGGGAGCGCUUAGUGGAAUUGGAGCCGCUAUGACGAAUGCCGCUAUUGCAUAUGACAGAUACAGUACUAUAGCUCGACCACUUGACGGAAAGUUGUCACGCGGUCAAGUGAUACUCCUUAUUGCGCUCAUCUGGACAUACACGAUUCCUUGGGCUUUGAUGCCACUGAUGCAUGUCUGGGGUCGUUUUGUGCCUGAAGGCUUUUUAACGAGCUGCACUUUCGAUUAUUUGACAGAUUCGCCAGAGAUACGAUACUUCGUAGCCACAAUAUUCACCUUUUCCUAUUGUAUACCGAUGUCUCUCAUCAUAUAUUAUUAUAGUCAAAUUGUCAGCCACGUUGUCAAUCAUGAGAAAGCUCUCCGUGAACAAGCGAAGAAGAUGAAUGUUGAAAGUCUGAGGAGCAACACAAAUACGAAUGCUCAAAGCGCGGAAAUACGUAUAGCCAAGGCUGCGAUUACGAUCUGUUUUCUUUUCGUUCUCUCGUGGACUCCAUAUGGUACUCUCGCGAUGAUCGGUGCUUUUGGAAAUAAAGCACUAUUAACUCCAGGCAUUACAAUGAUACCGGCGUGUACAUGUAAAUUUGUAGCUUGCUUGGAUCCGUACGUGUAUGCCAUAAGCCAUCCGAGAUAUAGGCUGGAACUGCAAAAACGAUUACCGUGGUUAGAACUACAAGAGAAGCCAAUUGAGACGCAGAGCACCACAACUGAAACGGUGAACACAGCUUCGUCCUAAAUUUCACCCGUCCUAGAUUUCACCUCAUUAUUAGAGAAAAUUAUAUAGGUGAUCAGUUGUAGGUAUAGACAUUGCAAAAUUUAUAUAUUUUAUGAAAGCAAUAUCAUCAUGUAUUGAUAUGAUAGCAAAAAAUAAUUAUAGAUUCUGCCAUCAACGGCCGAUGCAAGUUCGAUAAACGUAAUAUUUAUAACGGCUAUUGCAACUAGUUCACUUUGUGUACAGAUGAUGAAUAUAUCUAUCGGUUAAAAUAGUAUGACACUUAUCCCUAUAAUCGAAAACAGUAUCGGUCAUGUGUAAUAAAACAAUGCAAUAAAUCGUAUUCCUGAUUGUCCUAUGAA